ACACGCGGGUUUGGCAGUUUUGCCUGCAGAGCGCGCGUCCGUGAACAACUGAAUGCCAUGCAUUCCAGUGUAAUGUCGCGGCGGUGGGGGAAGCGACGAGGCUACCUCUCGUGUCAAACAGGCCGUGUUCUGCGUGUCCGCCCGCAUACCAUUAGAUUUUCAUCGUUUUCAAUGAAAGUACGUGCCCAGUCUUGUACCGGGUCGCAAGUUAACGUCGCGGCGGACGUUUAAUCGUGUGUUCACGCGAGUGUCAUCGCACAACGUUCGCAGUUAUAGGAGGAGGAGAGUGGCAGGAGCGUCGCGGCGAAGAAAUAGGGAAACACUCGUCCCGCGAAUUACCAUCAGCGGUUAUACGAGGAACGCCCUAAGUGCGCAGCCUGGAACAAUUGAACUCGUUGGUUUCGCAAUUACCAAACGGACAAUUGUCCCCGUGAAGAGCGUACCAGAGGACAUCUCUGAAGUGUCCCAAGUGUAAUCGAGAGCGGAUUCCUGCGCGGCCCCGGGCUCUUCCACUGGAUAUUCUCUGUAGACGGCUGGUGAAUAUUGGCCCGCUGCGUUUCCAACGUGUGUAUAUUGCUACUCCUGGGAACCGACGACCGGGAAAACCGCCACCGACUAACGAUUAACCGCUCAAGAGGCUGCUCCGCAAGGAUCCGUCGGUCCCCACGGCAUGUCCGCUGUCGAGAGCGCCUUGGACGUACUCUCCAGGGCGGCCACGAUGGUCCAAGAGGAGAGACCGAAGGCGACGAAUCUGCACCGGAAGCCGAGCAGCGCGUGGCGCAAAGAUCGUAGGAGGGAUCCCAUCCAGAGCGAGGCCCUCGACAUGUCCGCAGCCAGGGUCCAUCAUCAUCAUCACCAUCACACCAGGCCGAGCGUGAUCGUGCCAACCACGCCGCAGCCUGGAACCACGAUCGAAGACACGGCAGGGACACCCACGCCAACCCUGACACCCUCAGCAGCCACGGGAGGCCAGAGGACCGGGGUGAGAACCGUGGGAGGGGUAAGCGACCCUGCAAUAGACGAACACUUUAAACGAUCAUUGGGGUUGGAGGAGUACGCUGCAGUCUUCAAUGCCACCAGCAACGACAAGGAGGCCGGCCUUAGUGUGGACGAUCACUUCGCGAAGGCCCUGGGCGACACCUGGACGAGGCUGCAGGCGACCAGUCGGCGCAAGGACUCCACCUAACUGCCGGACAGUUGACAAGAGUUCCCCAGGAUCGUCUUGCACGUCGAGUACACUCGUUCCAGUCGAUCGAAUCGAACUGGAUCAGCUUGGUUCUCCGGUUCGACAGUGUCCUGUGUGCCUGUCCUCGGUCGUUUCAUGAAAACUCGAGCGUGGACUGACCACGACGACGACGACGUAGCUGCUCGAGAGCUCCUCGCUGGUCCAGAAACGACGAGGACAGGCGACACGUGCCAAAGAUUAUGAAAAGUGGCCUGACAAUAAGCAACCGGACGAAAAGAAAAAGAAAAAAAAAAAGAAAUCCUGGAAAUAUAUAUUUUCAGUCACUUGAUUCAAGGGCCAUUUUCAUGAUCACCAGCGGCACGUACGUUGUACAUAUAUAGGAUGGGCGUAUUCUCAUGUUAUGCCAUCGUCGCGGCCCUGGCCGUAAGGCCGCUACCUUAUUUAUUACGAUGUUCCAUACUGCCUCGCUAAAUAGUUGUGUAGGAUCCGUUUACGUUCCCCCACCCCGGGUGUUAUUCUGUGAUCGAUCGCGUGCCACGAUAAUGGAGAACCGCAAAAGAAUGAAACCAAGGUGACACCCCGUGUGACCGGCGCGUAAACGGACGGACGUGUAUAUGUAACGAUUACUCGCAUAAAUGUUAACGUUUAUAUAUAUAUAUAUAGAUAUAUUAUAUAUAUUAUACACGUAUGAUUGUAAUUACACGAGAGUGCGAUCGAGACACAAGAAAGGGUGGGAGUAAUCGCGCGCGAGAACCGUAUAUAACGAAUCGUGUCGUCGCACAAAAAAAAAAAAUAUGCUUGUAACCACGGGCGAACGAUACCUAAAACACACUUGUACGAAAGAGAAAGAGGGGAGGCUACAUAAAGUGACUGGUAAACAGUUUUAAAAAAUAACGACGAAACCCGGGCUUGCCGU